CAGUUUGACAGCCCUACAGGAUCUAAUCAUUGGUCAUCAAUGAGUGCCUUCAUCUGCUCAUGACACACAUGAAGAAAAAAACGUUCAAAUGUGUGUGAAAUCUUAUGGGACUUAAUUGCUAAGGUCAUCAGUCCCAUGCCCGACGGAGGAUUCAAACCUCCGCCGGGACCAGCCGCACAGCCCAUGGCUGCAGCGCCUUAGACCGCUCGGCUUAUCCACACAUGAAGAAUCUCGUGGACUAAACCCCUCGCAGAAUUGAGGCCCCAAGAAGAGAUGCGGGGUUACACUGUACUAGUGUGAUGUAUCUUGGAGAAUAACUUUUGUUCAGUGUGCUUAUGUCUUUACUCCUUUUGAGCUGUUUUGUCACACGUUUCUUAGGUAUUUGUAAUUUAGUUGUUUGAGCAUGAGAAUGGUUAAACACACGGCCUGGAUAUGUGUUAAUGGAACAUUUAUUUCUGUGUGCUGCGUCCAGGUGGUGCGUGAUGACGGUUGUGAGAUGUCUGGCGGCCCUGGUGUUGCUGGCGGCGGCGGCCCACGGACAGUCCGACCGCCUGCCGGGGGAGAGCUGGCCGCUCCGACAGAGGGUCGAUCUCACGGUCCACCUCGGCGACGAGGGGGACAGCAGUUUCACCUUCGAAGGCCGGACAAACCUGACGGUGGUUGCGGUGCGCAACACAACGCAGAUCGUGCUACACGCCGCGCUCGGCAUCUCUUCCGUCACGGCGUAUGACGCCAGUGGCAGCCCCGUCAGCUCCAGCUACGAGCAGGGAGCUUUCCUGGUCGUCACACUUGCAGAGCAGUUGACCUCGGGUAGCAGCAUCACGCUGGAGGUGGACUUCAGCGGCGAAAUCGGCUACAGGGAGGACGGCUUCGCUCGAUACGACUACCUUGAGAACGGCCAGGAAAAGGCGAUAUACGCGACGCAGUUUGAGCCCAACUUCGCGAGGUCCGCGCUGCCCUGCUACGACGAGCCGGCUGUGAAGACCUUCUACACCCUCAGCGUGCGCGUGCCAGACGGCUACACCGUGCUCUCCAACACUCCAGCCUCCAGCAUCGACGAAAGCCCAGACGAGGAUGGCUUCCGCACGUUUCAGUUCGAGGAGACGCCCCCAAUGAGCGCCUACCUGCUGGCCUGGGUCGUGCUGAACACGUCCAGCGUGGUGUCGCCCUCCGACCCGGCCACGACCAUUUGGACGGUGGACAGCACGCUCCCCCAGGCCGUCUACUCCAGCAUCAUCACGCCCAGUACCGUCUCUGCGAUGGAGCAGCUGGUGGGCGUGCCCUACACACUGACUAAGCUGGACCAUGUGGCCAUUCCCAGCUUCAUAGAGGGGGGCAUGGAGAACUGGGGGCUCAUCACCUACACGCAGGGCAGCCUCCUGGUGCUGGAGAACUACACGUCGGAGGCGACCAAGGAGCAAUCUCUGGGCACCAUCCAGCACGAGGUGGCCCACCAGUGGUUCGGGGACCUGGUUACCUGCGACUGGUGGAACGCCCUCUGGCUCAACGAGGGCUUCGCCACUUACUUCCAGUGGAUCGCUACCGAUGUGGUGGAGCCCACGUGGCGCCAGCGCGAGGUUUUCGCUGUGACCACUCUGCUGCAGACCGCCAUGACGGCCGAUGUCAGCGGCGAAGAGUACCCACUCACCAAGAACCCCAAUAUCACAGCUGAUCAGGCCUUCAUGGAUUACAACAUUUACCAGAAGGGUGCAUCAAUAAUCUGGAUGAUAGAGAACGUCAUGGGAUCUGAUGCGUUCUUCAAAGGCCUCUUCAACUACCUCAGAAACAACAUGUUCAGCGCGGCGACGGACGACCUCCUGUUGAGGACCCUGGAUUACGUGACGCCUGAUUCUUACCUGCCCGAGGGAACCUACCUAGAAGAGGUCAUGCUGCCCUGGGUGCGACAGGGUGGCUUCCCUUUCAUCUCCGUCUCCAGGAACUACACCGACGGCUCAGCUAUCAUAUCACAGGCACCGUACCUGUCGGACGCAGACACCGUGUGGCCAGUGCCCAUCACCUACACGUCCCGCUCUGAGGCGAACUUCUCCGCCUCUCCCCCACGGCUCUGGCUGCUGGACUCUGAGCUGGAGGUGCCGGCCGUGGCUCAGCCAGACGACUGGCUACUCCUCAACCUGCACGUGGCUGGCUACUACCGGGUGAACUACGACGAGCAGAACUGGGCGCUGCUGACGGAGCAGCUGCGGUCCGACCCCGAGGCCAUCCCGCCCGCGAACCGCGGCCAGCUGCUGGACGACUCGGCCAGCCUGUCCGGCGCCGCCUACGUGCUGUCCGCCGAGGCGGCGCUGCGGCUGCACUCCUACCUCAGCCGGGAGCGCGACUACAUCCCCUGGAGGGUCGCCUCCGGCACGCUGCUCAACAUGGAGCGUCUUGUGGGCUGGGACGCCCCCGAACAGUACAACGAGUUUGCACUGUCUGUGUUGGAGCACAUGACUGAUGAAUUAGGCUAUCGUGAGGUGCCAGGUGAGGACCACGUCACACGUAUCCUGAGGGCCAUCAUUGUCAACCUUGCUUGCAACUACGGACAGCAGGCUUGUCUCAAUUCCACAUACGAGCAAAUGGAGCGAUUCAUGGCCGACCCUCCCAAUCCUGACAACCAGGUGGACCCGGACUUGAGGCGCAUCGUCUACUGCCAGGGCGUGCGAUAUUUUGGCGCUGAUGUUUAUAACUUCCUGAUGGACCGAUAUGCGACCACAGAGGUCAUCUCCGAGAUGAACGACAUCCUGCUGGGCGCCACUUGUUCAGAGAUGGUGGCUGGUUUACGGAUGCUGGAGUUGACGGCGGCUGGAGGCCAGGGUGGCUUCCGGAGAGAACACCUGCUGCGCCUGCUGGAGGGACUUCUCCAGCAGAAGCAGGGCAUACCCACGGCCCUCCAGUUUCUCAGCCACAGCGCGCAUCUCCUCACUUGGCCAGGCGAAAAGGCAGCGGUCAGAAAGCUGGUGAUGGGAGCCACGCUGAACAUGUACGAACAGGAGCUGCUGGAUCAGGUGGAGCGCGUAGCUGACGCUUUGGAGGACAAGUCACUACACAGAGCUGCACAGAGGCGGCGUGACGUCAUCGCCCGUGGAGAGACGGCGCGCAAAGAGGCAGCCCGCUGGCUCAGAGAGAGGCGAUGGGAGCACCUCUGAGUGGGAGGGGAGGGCCUUGUCUCCUGCACACAGCAGCAGCAGCGGCAGCAGCAAGCUUACGCGAAGUUCAGAAAAUAAAGUUAUGACUGUUACUUGAUUA